AUGGCGUCGUCCAGCCUCGUAGCAAGCAUUAUCCGUGUUGCACCACUUGCAACCUCUUCUGCUGCUCUCAUGUGCUCCGCAACGCAACAUAUCACAAUGAUCUCCAUUAUCAAUCCUCGCAUCCCGCCUACCACCCGUCACUCGCUCUGGUAUCCGUUUUUCAUUAGCUACAAGAGAGUAGUCUUUCUGUCUGCACCAUGUCACCUCUCAACAAUCCUUUUUAGUUUGUUAAACCUUGGCUAUUCGUCCACCUCGUCGUUCACUUGGCUAGCAGCCAUCUUUUUCGUCUUUGCCCAUGCCUAUCCUCUUCGCGUGGGGCUGGAGCACUUCAACUUGACGGCUGAAGAUUGGCAGAGAAAGUCACCCGAGGAAGGAUAUCGCUUUCUCAAGGGCUUUGUCGAUGUGAAUGGGUGGAGGCUGAUAUUGAUCGAUUUGCCUGGUUGGAUAUGUGUUUUUGCGGCUGUUGCUGUUCAUUUGAGGUUCUAG